CCGGCGCUCGCUGCGGCACAAAAGAUGGCGGCGAAAACCCAGGGCGGCAUCCGGCUGAGCGCGCUUUGUCCAAAGUUCUUGCACACCAACUCCACCAGUCACACCUGGCCUUUCAGUGCAGUGGCAGAACUCAUAGAUAAUGCUUAUGAUCCUGAUGUGAGCGCUAAACAGAUAUGGAUAGACAAAACGGUGAUAAAUGACAAUAUAUGCCUGACGUUCACCGAUAACGGAAAUGGUAUGAACUCAGAGAAGCUGCACAAAAUGCUAAGCUUUGGCUUCAGUGAGAAAUCGGUAAUGAAUGGCCGUGUUCCCGUGGGGCUGUACGGAAACGGGUUUAAAUCGGGGUCCAUGCGCCUUGGGAAGGACGCCAUAGUCUUCACCAAGAAUGGAGAAACGAUGAACGUGGGCCUCUUGUCCCAGACCUUCCUCGAAGCCACAAAGGCAGAACACGUCAUGGUUCCCAUAGUGACAUUCAACAACCAACGACAGAUAAGUGACCUGGUGGAAGCCAAGAACAACCUGAAGGCCAUCUUAACACAUUCUCUGUUCUCUACUGAAGAGAAGUUGCUGGCAGAGCUGGAUGCUAUCAUGGGGAAAAGGGGAACAAGAAUUAUCAUCUGGAAUCUUCGAAGAGAUAAAAAUGAAAAAACGGAGUUUGAUUUUGACAAAGAUAAAUACGACAUCAGAAUUCCAGAAGACUUGGAUGAAACGGGAAAAAGAGGCUAUAAAAAACAAGAGAGAAUGGACCAGGUUGUUCCAGAAAGCGACUAUUCAUUACGAGCUUACUGCAGUAUUUUGUAUUUGAAGCCAAGAAUGCAGAUUAUUCUUCGAGGACAAAAAGUGAGAACACAGCUGGUUUCCAAAAGCCUYGCCUUCAUUGAGCGCGAUAUAUAUAGACCAAAAUUUCUGAAUGCUAAAACAGUAAGAAUUACUUUUGGAUUUAACUGCAAAAACAAAGACCACUAUGGAAUAAUGAUGUACCAUAAAAACAGACUCAUCAAAGCUUAUGAAAGAGUUGGCUGUCAGUUAAAGGCAAACAACAUGGGCGUUGGUGUAGUCGGGAUUAUCGAAUGCAACUUCCUGAAGCCAACUCAUAACAAACAAGAUUUUGAUUACACAAAUGAGUACAGACUUACAAUAGCAGCACUAGGAGAAAAACUUAAUGAUUACUGGAACGAAAUGAAAACAAAGAAAAAUGAAGAAUAUCCCUUAGCAUUGCCUGUAGAGGAGAUACAAAAGCAGCCUGACCAGACCUGGGUGCAGUGUGAUGGAUGUCUGAAAUGGCGGAAGCUCCCGGAUGGAAUAGAGCAUUUGCCAGAUAAGUGGUACUGCUCUCUGAAUCCCGACCCACAAUUCCGGAAUUGUAAUGUGCCAGAAGAACCUGAAGAUGAUGACGUAAUACAUCCUACGUAUGAAAAAACUUACAAAAAGAAAGACAGGGAAAAACUGAAGAGACGACUGGAGUACAGCCACCAGCUCUGUAAUGAAAUGUUUUUAAAAACUCCUGUUUCUUCAAGUAAAGACUUUAAAACGUUCUCAGCUGUGAGUGGAAAGGAAGCUGUUCCAAGAUCAGUUUUGCCAGAAACAUCAAAUGCUUCUAUCAAAAGACCUCUGUUUAUUUCAAAUAGAUCAGUAUCGUCAACAGAGUCUGAUAGCAGUCUUAAGCGAAGGUCACAGGAUUGUUCGGCAUCUGUGACUUCAAAGACACCUCGGUUAACUGACAAAACAUUCAACAGCCACACUGAUGAUGAUGACGAUGAUGAAGAUGUCAUCAUUUUAGAGGAGAGUAGUACUCCAAAGCCUUCAGCAGAUUCUGAUGUUCCCGUCAUAAAAACGGAAUGUAUUAAUUUGGAUCGGGAAGGGAAGCAGGAAGAGGAGAGCAGCGGUGGAGAACCUUGUAGUGCAACCACUUCAGAGUCGAAGAGUGAACAGUCAACUUCAGCGACACAGACUGAGCUCCCCAAAGUAGUCGUUAAAAAGGAAGAGGCUGAAGACGAUGUGGCUAUUCCAGUGCCCAGGUCAGAAAUGGAGACAAAACUGCAGAAYGUGCAAGAUGCUGCUGAGGCACCUGCAGAUGUCGAAAAUGCCCUGAGUGAACUGAAAAAUCAACUGAACUUAGUAAAAGAGGAAAAAGAAACAUACCAAAACAAGUGCGAAGUGUUAACCAGUCGAGUGGAGUCCCUGGAACAGACGAUAUUAGAAAUGAAUAAUAAGUAUGUGAAAAAAGAAAUGUGCCAUCAGUCAACUGAGACGAUCUCUCCAUUCGUAGAAGAGAACGUUCAUGAGAGAAGUCUGGGUGACGUGACCGUUCUCUAUGAACAGGCCUUAGAAGAAAUAGCAAAACUAAAGGAGCAAUGCAGUACUCUGCAGACCCUGAAAACUGAGUGCACCAACUGUGCUGAAGGUGAAAAUAAGAAUGAGGUAGAUGAAAUUGCUGUGCAGCUGGAUGAUGUUUUCAGGCAACUGGACAAAUGCAGCAUUGAGAGAGACAGAUAUAAAAGUGAGGUUGAACUACUUGAAGUGGAAAAAAAUCAACUUGCCUGUCAGUGUGAAGAGCUCAAAGCAGAAGUCGCUCAGUUAAAAGCUUCAAUUCCCCAAGCGGUUGCACAUGCAAAUGAUUCUACAACCAGUAAUGUAGAAGACUCAGUAAAUUUUUCUGAUGGAGAAAGCCUGAAACUCCGUUCCCUUCGAGUGAAUGUUGGACAACUUUUGACUACAAUCAUGCCUGAUCUAGACUUGCAGCAAGUAAAUUAUGAUAUUGAUGUAGUAGAUGAAAUUUUAGGACAAGUUGUGGAACAAAUGCAUGAAAUCAGCAGUACUUAAUACUUUAAGGGAUCUUAAUACUUUUCUACAGAAGCUUUCGAUUGACUUUGGAUCUUAAAUAAGCAUUAAUACUUGCCAUCAUUUCCUCCUCCAAAAUCUGAAGCAGUGGAAUAUGUUUGAAGAAAGAAAAAUACCUUCCUUGAUUUCCUUCUCAGAACAAACCUCAAUAGUGUUAUUGUAAACUACAGUAUUGUUUCCUUGCUAUUAACAAUGUUGUAUGUUGCAUUAAUGAGACAGAAGAAUAACUAGUAGAUGAAAAUUUUGUCCAUAUUUGUAAUGUUGUGUUGUACUACCAAAAAAGGAAAGACCUUUAAGGGCUUUAUCGUGAGAAUUCAUGAGCUCCAGCUUCCUUUGAAGUUUCUGGAAGUUGCAGGCAGUUGUUCUCAUUCAAGAACAUUAUCCAUACAUAGUCUUGCAGCAUAAACAAAUUCAUGGAAUGUGCCAAGGAUAUUUCAGCCUCUUCMGUGUUGGGAACCCCAUGCUUGUUUGUAUUCUGCCCCUGCUGCUGGUUGUUGUUGUUUCCUACGCCUAAGUAUCUGCUUUUAUAUAAAGCAGGAUGUCCAGUUGUACCCCUGUAUUUCCCAUUAAACACAGCAAUGCUUUUUCAACAGUGCAAAUGCAAACCUGUACGUGGGCUCAACAUAGUCUGUUUCCACAUGCUACCUAUGGGCUGUUCCCAACUUUCUUCUGAGGCAGUAGCAGCUGGUGGAAUGGGAAGUCAUCCUGGUGGCCCAUUGGAGAGAGCACAUUGGGACAACAUAUACCAAACUAGGCAGUAUUUCUAAGCACCUCUGCUUUGCCUCGAAAUACCACUUUCCAACACCUAAAGUCAUUUUUCCAAGAAAGCCCAGUGUUGAGCAGAAGUUCUGCCACGCUUAGAAAUGCCCAGGAAGGAUUUGCUACAUGUUUUCCAAACAGAAAUUUUUGCRGUGUUAAACAUAAUCUGGAGACUUUCAGGGUUGGCUGGGAUGGUGGUGAGAUUGGUCUCAGAAAUUAACCUUCCCAUCAGAGCGCACCAUGCUGCAUAGGAAUGCCCGAGCUUCCCAAAUUCUGAAUUACUUGAGACAGAAGUAGGAGGAGACAUGUUUUCUYAUCUAUGGUUUAAGUGACUUUGGAGUGAGCUAAAGCUGAAAAUGUUCAAAUGCAACUUGUUUGUCUUAAAGCUUAGACAUCUUUUAUUAAAGACAAAAUAGGAGAGUUCUCUUUUUAAAUCGGUUUUACUGUGAUUCUUACGCCACUUGUAUGCUCUAAUACUCAUGCAAAAACUUCUGGAAGAAAUGGUCAUGAGAGAAAAUGUUGAAGUGGUGACAGUAUCUCCUCAGCCAAUUGCAUGGGUUUUUUUUUUUUUUUUUCUCUGAAGCCAGCAGGAAUGAGAAGAGAACUGGCAAAGGCAGAAUACCCCCCUUUCAUCUGUGAUGGUAUUCAUGAGCAGUAACACAUAUAAACAGUAAUCAAGAAACAUGAAAAAGGUUUUUGUUUCUUGGGUUUUUUUAAAUCAUGAAACAACCUUCAUGUUUAUUCCUGGGAAGCAUUUAUGGUUUUGUUGUUAUUGUUUUUGUUUUAGUAUAUAUCUAUAUCUAUCUAUAUAUAUAAAAAUUAUAAAGGCUCUUGCACUGUUACUGCCCUUAUUGAAUAGGACUGUGUUCCUUUCAGUUGCUUUCAAUGGAGGCUAAGACUAUUUCAAUUUUAAGAUUCUGUCUAUUCUCUUACUAUGUCAAUAAGGAUAACACAAUACUGUUGUACUUUAUAAUGGCUAAAUUGAAUGUUUGAUUUUGAAGAGGUGGCUGUAAUAUAACUGUUUGUAUGACUUUUAAAAAGUUUAUAUUUUCCA